UAUCAGAACAGUAAUUCAAAAGUCUAUCUAUUUUAUUCAAAUAUUCAAAAUACUUACGUAUAUUUAUCAUUAAUACAUUAUGUUUUAUGUAUGCGCAUAUUCAAUUUAUUUUUUGCAUUACAAUUACAUGAAGCGAACAAUGUACCGUGCUAUCUAACCUCGAAGUUAAGAUAAGAAUACUACACGAAAAUUUUAUUUUUUUUUUAAACACAAAUAUAUUGAUUGUAUUAUUAAAUAAUAUAAUGGCAUCACAAUCAGGACGUGAAUUAAUAAAAGCUGUAAUAAAACGCACAUUAUCGGUAAAAGGUUGGGGAUCAUCAUUUUUAAAGAAUGUUGAAGUUAUAUCUGCUGAUAAUGGCAAUUGUGUAGCUGAAUUUACUGUUGGUGAAGAGCAUUUAAAUGAUGGUGGAACUCUUCAUGGUGGCUGUACUAGCACCCUUGUUGAUAGCAUAUCUACUUACGCUUUGAUGACUAAAGUGAUAGAUGGUAAAAAUGUACAUCCUGGAGUUUCGGUUGAUUUGCAUAUAACAUUAUUGAAAGCAGCUUUUCCCGGAGACGUUAUCGUUAUCGAUGCAAAGACAAUCAGAGCAGGACGAACUUUAGCAUUUCUUAAAGUAGAUUUAAAAAAGAAGAAUGAAGGAGCAGUAAUCGCACUUGGAUCUCAUACAAAGUUCAUAGGAUUCUCAUAAUAAAAUAUAUUAUAAAAAUAAAAUUAUUGUAAACUAAGAAAUAAUUUAUAAUGUAGUAAAUAAAGUUGAACCAAAUGUGA